AUGGCCGGCCCGUCAAUUCAGGACCGCACGGGCGAAUUCCACGCCAUCCUCGGGCAAGCACAGAAACGUCUUGCCUCUAACAAGGUUGGAUCCCAACGCCAAGCACUGCUGUCGGACGCACAACGAAAACAUGCGAAUGGAUUUGGCGCCAACAAUGGAAAUAGGAGGUCGGAGUUUGCGAGAAGGGCCGCGGAGAUUGGGCGGGGUAUUACUGGAACCACGGCCAAGUUGCAGAGACUAGCUGAACUGGCCAAACGGAAGACGCUCUUCGAUGAUAGGCCCGUUGAGAUCUCCGAAUUGACCUACGUUAUCAAGCAAGACCUCGCAGCGCUGAAUCAACACAUUGCCGGAUUGCAGGCGCUUACUUUGUCGCAACACCCCAAGUCGGGCAGAUCAAAAACAGACCAGGAGGGAGAGCACAACGACAAUGUUGUUGUUAUGCUCCAAGGGAAACUCGCAGAUGUCGGAGCCAACUUCAAGGAAGUUCUCGAAGUUCGGACAAAGAACAUCCAAGCGUCGCGAUCCAGAACGGAAAACUUCGUCUCCUCCGUAUCAUCGAAAUCGCAAUCCGCCUUAGACCCACAGCGCUCCGAUUCGCCUCUAUAUAAUCCAUCGGGAAGACGCACACCCACACCGGGAUUCCAGAGCAACCAAUCAGACUUGUUAACUUUAGAGCCCUCCAACCCAUCACCUCUCGGGCGCCCAUCGAUGCAGUCCGACCAGCAACUCCUUGUCAUGGAGGAAGCGCAAUCGAGUAACACAUACAUUCAAGCACGAGGAGAAGCAAUCGAUGCGAUUGAACGAACCAUCAACGAAUUGGGCGGUAUCUUCGGCCAACUAGCCCAGAUGGUCAGCGAACAAUCGGAAAUGAUUCAACGUAUCGACGCAAAUACUGAAGAUGUCGUGGAUAAUGUGCAAGGAGCGCAACGUGAAUUAAUGAAAUACUGGAACUCGGUGUCUAGUAAACGCUGGCUGAUUGCUCAGAUGUUUGGUGUAUUGAUGAUUUUCUUCCUCCUCUGGGUGUUGAUAUCUGGAUAA